AUGGACAUCAUCGCUAAAAUUCAUGCAAACCCAAACCUCGAAUGGGUAGUUCUCGAGCCUUCCACCAUUAAAGGAAUUAGGCCUACCAUAAAUUAUUGGCUGAACGAAGCGUCCAAAAAACACACCGUCGAAGAUAUUACUUCUGGAGUCCAUAUCCUUGAUAAAUCUGGGAACUUGGCCUACCUCCAAGCGCUGGGGUUGCCGGGGAAUGAUGUCAGCCAAUUGCAGAACCAAGCAGCUUCCGAGCGUGAUGCAAUGAUAUCGAUGAUAGCGCCUCAAAUGGAGGAGAAACUCAUCGCACAAGGGGAGAGGCCAUCUGAGGCCAAGAAGAUCGUUGAGGGAAUGAUGGACACCGGCGUUCUGGAGACUGUGUUCGAAAAUCUCGACAUCAUGGAGGGGUCGGUGAAUGAGAGAUCGCUCUAUAAUGAGCUCCGAGUUCUUUGGCCGCCGACUCACCUUAUGUCAGAAGAACCUCCAAUCCUUCAGGAGGUCAUGAACAGGUCUCGAGCGGUGUACCAAAAGCCGCUAGCUGAGAAGGUAAAUUUGGCCCGCAAGGCUAUUCUGAAUUGCCAGCGAAUUCUUCAAUUCUCAGUGCCAAAGAAUUUCAAGCCUGAUGACGAUACAGCCUCCCUAUAUGAUUAUUCCGUUGCCUUUUUCUCUCGCGCUGCUGAGGGGGUCAGAAAAUCAUUCCAAUAUCCAAGCAGUUUGAUGAUCGAGCUGAUCGCUAGCGAUGGACUUCGUGCAAUGGAGUCCAUUCGCCUUUCGUCGUUGGGACGUGAGCCUGAAUGGCCCAUUUUAUACGAUCGCAUUCAUCUAAGCAACGUCCCUGAUUAUACGAUUGUUGAGAACGGGAUAGGAGGUCCAUUCUACAUCUCCAUGAGCUCUUAUAUAUACACGUAUACCGGGGUCUCGCUGGACGAAGUUGAAGGCGCUUUCGGUGUAAAAGCUGAAACCCUGUAUUCUUACAUGGCAAACUAUAUUGCUUUUUCUCGUAUCCCCACAGUGCCCCGGGAGAAACUCUUGAGUAGGCAAAGGAUAACACGAGUUAUGUAUGAUAUUCUGUUCAAAACCUUGCGUCCGGUCCCUUGGGACUAUCCCGUCCCAACGCACAUAAGGGAACCCUUGAAUAUUCAUGCUUUCUUGCUUAUGUCUAUUUCCAUUGCUCCUGAUGAGAGGAUUCUCGAGGAUCGUGCCGUGACAGAUGCCGUGCCUGCAACUGAGAACCCAGUCCCAUUGAGAAAGCUUAGGGAGCAACCCCUGGUACAAAAAUUUUCUGGGACAGCGACCACACUAUGGGCGCUCCUCCUACCAUUCACGAUUACGUUCUCUUCCGUCUACCCGGACAUGAUUAUCCUUGGAUCAGAGCGCGUCAAUGCUCUUGCUCUUCGGCUCGCAAAAUCCUCAGCGUCGGUGCCAGCAUUAUCGUUCUUUCGACCACAGCCGGAUGUUAUCAUGAUUUCCACGUUGGAAUGGCAUCGUCAAUCCAAGACAGCGACAUUUUGGAUGUCGAAGAGUGCUUUAGCCGCGCGUCGCUCAGCAGGUUUCCAGAUCGAAUUGUGGUCCUUGCUUAUGACUCGCGGUGUUACUGAGCCCGAACCGCUUACGGGUGUGGUGUUUUUGGGGGGUAUGGACUCUCGGGAUGCCCCUGCACCCGCCCCUAUUGCAGACUCAGAUCAGUUACAGCGUAUCUAG